AUGGCACCAGGCCACCAGUCGCUCGUAAAGGAAGCAGCUAAGUACGCUGAAGAAGUCAACAUCACACUUCAGCUUGAUACCCUAAAUCCCGUGUGUGUUACAACAGAAGGAAAGGUGGUAACUGCAGCAAGAGCUGGGAGUCUGUUGAAGCAAUCUCAAGAGAAGCAGUUCUUGGAGAUCGCCAAAGACAAAAAGUGGCAAGGAAAGUUAUUCCGUAUCAGAUGGGAAGAUGAGAGCCUAAGCAUAACCAGCUGCUUUGCAUGGUUAAAAGGUUGGGCUACAUGCCCUACACAUACCAACGCGGACAUGUAUGAAUUGUAUGAGCAGUUGUUACCUACGAAGCUCUACACAAAGGAGAAGACGCAAACCUCCACCGACGGCGAAGUUCUAUGCAGGUUAUGUGGGAAGGGAGCUGAGAGCGUUGCACAUGUAUUGGCUGGAUGUUCCUCCCUGGCACAAACCAAGUACCUAUACAGGCAUAAUGCAGCUUUGAAGAUUCUGUUUUUUGAGCUCCUACGAGAGCAUGGGUUAAUGGAAGAGGUUCCACCAUGGUACUCACCGGUGAUGCCAAAACCAGCCUACCAGAACAGCACGAGUGAGGCGUUUUGGGAUAUUCCCACCUAUGCAGAGCACAACGAAGUUAGAGCAAAUCGGAUCGACGCACGACUUGUCAACCACGACAGGAAAGAAGUCUGCACAAUAGGACAAUUGCACGAUGACGUCAUUUUACUACAACUACCAGAAUCCUUGAGUUUGUUGUUUUCUUGUGCAAAUUAAGGCUAUUGUUCUUUAAUCCUCAGUGGGAUUGACAAAUUUAAAUAACAAAGCAAAACCGAAUUGAAUUCUGGUAGUUGUAGUCAAAUGUCGUCAUCGUGCAAUUGUUCUAUUGAAAUGAGCUGCCCAUGGAUUGAGAGUAGAGCUAAGAAAGAUGAGGAAAAGACACUCAAGUAUGGGCCCAUGAUGUGGGAGCUGAAGCAGAGAUACAAUGGUUACAGGGUUGAACGGUACAACGUAAUAAUUGACGUACUGGGGGGUUACUCUAAACACCUAGAGAAGUCGGUGAGAAAGCUACUUGGAGCGAGAGCACGGAGCGUACUUGAGCAGAUGCAGAAGUCGGUCAUCUCAAACACUUUAAACAUUGCCAGAACAUUUAAGAUAAAUACUUAG